CUGCAGCGGAGAUCAGCCAAUAAGCCACGAGGGGGAGUCGGGGGAGUGUCCGUCCCUUAACCCAGCAGAAAACCGUUGUGGAAGGUGAGACAUCACCUGAAGAUCAGCCAUGGAGGUCCAGUUCCUGGAACAUAUCCGGCACUCGCUACUGAGUGACAGAAACAAAGACCUGAUCAUAGACAAGCUGCUGAGUCUCACCAUGGAGAUUAUCUGUCUGCUGACUAGAGAGGAUUUCAUUGUUGUGAGAAAGUCGGGUGACCAGGUGACAGACAUCAGCGGCGCCCCUGUGUCAGACAGAAGCAGCGGCACCCAGAGCCCAAACACGGAGGCUCCGCCUCAUGCGCCAACAGGGGAGAGGAACCGUGACAGGAAUAUCCAGGCACCUACUGAGGUAUAUCCCAGAGAGACAGGAAAGGUGCCUGGGAAGUGUAAGGAUGUGGAGGUCUCGUUCUCUGUGACAGAGUGGGACUGUUCAGGCGGACACAAUGACGUUGUAAUGGACCCUCCGCAGCUGCGUGACUCAGUGGGUGAGUGUAGCUCUAGAAGCCCCCCAGGACGAUGUGAGACCCCUCUGUACUCUGGGGAUUAUAUAAAGGAAGAGAACCGGAUUGUCAUAGAGGAUUAUCAGGAUGAGCCGGGACACGGGGUGUAUCACCCGCAGUGUAAGGAAGAGGAGCCCGUCCCUGAUCCCACCAGCUCAGGUGGGUGCAGCUCUAGAACUCCCGCAGACCCCUGUGAGACCCCUCUGUACUCUCCGGGCUGUAUAGAGGAAGAGAACAGGACUGUGACACAGGAAUAUCAGGAUGAGCCGGGACACGUGAUAUAUCACCGGCAGUGUAAGGAAGAGGCCGUUCCUGCUGAGAUCAGCCCAGGUGGGUGUAACCCUACACACCCCGCAGACCCAUGUGACACCCCUCUCUAUACUCCAGGGUGUAUGGGAGAAGAGAACAGGAUGAUCAGCCAGGAUUAUCAGGCUGUGCCAGGAGACGGGAUGUGUUACCAGCAAUGUAAAGAAGAGGCUAUUCCUGCUGAGAUCAGAUCAGGAACUGAGGCCGGUGUAGAGCUGGAUGCUGGUGAUCAUCGGGGGCUGCAGGAAUUCCUCCCAGAGUCCAGUGCAGGUCCGCACGCCUCCUCACACUAUCCUGAGAAGACGCAUCAGUGCUCGGAGUGUCAGCAAUGUUUCCCUAAUCAUUCAGCCCUCAUCACCCAUCAGCAAACGCAUAAAUCCAGUAAUCUGUAUAGAUGCUCGGUAUGCGGAGUGCGUUUCAGCUCCAAGUUGGCUCAUACCGCCCACCAGGGAUGUCACACAGAGUACAAACUGUUUCCAUGUUCUUAUUGUGGGAAAUCCUUUCAUCAGAGGUCACGUCUCCUAUCACAUAAGAGGACUCACACCGGGGAGAGGCCAUUUUCAUGCCAGGAGUGCGGGAGAUGUUUUACCAGAAGGUAUGGUCUUACUACGCACCAGCGGAUUCACUCUGGCGAGAAGCCGUUUAAGUGCACGGAGUGUGGCAAACGUUUCGUCCGCAGAUCCUACCUGGUGAAUCAUCACCGCAUUCACACCGGAGAGAGGCCGGUCAUGUGUUAAGUGUGGCCGCUGCCUUUCCCAGAGCUCAGAUCUUGUUUGUCAUCGGAAAAUUCACACUGGGGGGGAAUUUUUAUGUGUUCUAAGUGAAUAAACAUUGGGAUACAUCAUAGGACUGGUUUACAAAUCACAAGCAACAUGGACUUUCAUUGCUUCUUUGUCUGCCAAAUGCAUUUUUAAGCUGCAGGACAACUAUCUGGUCUUGGGAAUUGUGCCUGCUUAAGUGAAUGUGUCAAUUUACAGAUCUAGACUUGUGGUUUUCCAAAAGUGCAAAUGGCAGGUUGAUAUUGUACCUGUUCCAUGUAUAGGGUGAGGCCCGAUCUUCACUAUUUUCAAGGCGUUUAUAAAAGUUUCAUUUUUUUGAGAGGAAAUAGGCAUCUCCCCCUCCUACACUACAGAGAAUGCCAAAUUAUGUCUCUUCCUCUACUUUUGUCUCAUUUAAAUAAUUCAGUCCCGCUAAAGGAAAUCUUAUUUCAUGGUUCUUGAGGGGUUUCUCCUGUGUGUGAGUACCCAAAAUAAUGUUAGCACCACUUCAACACUUUUUAUUUUUUACACACAAGGGGUAGUACGGAAAUCGGGGUAACAGGCAACUGUCGAGAAGUAAAGGUAUUAUCCCAGAUAGUACUGAUUAGUGCACGAGUCACAAAGAAGGUCACUUAGGUCAGAAACUGGUCCAGAGUUUGGAACUGCAAUCCAGUGUGUAGAGACCUGGAACUGAUCAUUGAGUCAAGCUCAGAGUUUCAUCCCAGGAACUAGGAGCUGGCCCCCCACUACAAUGGACUAAUGGAAACCCAGGACUGGAUAAACUACAGCUGGAAGCAAAAAUUUAGGGCUUGAUGCCAGGAAUGAUGGACUCAGGUCUGUUCACUAACAUACAGAAGCACAGGCCUGCAACCUACACACUGAAAACAGAUCUGGAACCUGUAACUCACCAUCAGCCAUCACUGCCAGGAACCUAGAACACAAAGACCAGACACCUGCAAACGGUGGUAUCUGGAUAUUAGAGGCAAUCGCAAUAAUUAAGGGUCCUUUCUGAGAAGCAGACACAGGAACAGUGGCAGAGUACCUAGCUGUGAAGCAGAGAGUAGAAUAAUGCAGGGUCCUUGCUGAGAAGCAGGCACAGGAACCGUGGCAGAGUAACUAGCUGAGAAGCAGGAAGCAGGGGUCAUUGCUGAGAAGCAGGCACUGUAAGAGAUGCAAGAUACUUGGCUGUGAAGCAUUGAGUAGAAUAAUGCAUUGUCCUUGCUGAGAAGCAGACACUGGAAUGAAUAGCUGAGAGGCAGACACUGGAACACAGUUUUCUGACAUGGGUUUUGACACCAUGAACUGGCAAAGAAAACCUUAUGAAGCAGGUGUAAAUCAACGAGACACAGAUGCAGUCCGUAGCUGCUUAAUUUGGCAAUAAUCGCAGGCUGCUACAUCAGAGAUGGACCAAAGGUCAGACAGGCUGGAACGAGGCACCCCAGGAGAGAGUAAGACCACUGGCAGGAGAGGGGUAAUGCAAUGAAUCGUGACAAAUUGACUUUUCAUGUUGGUGCAGAGCAGCGGCCCCCAUCCCCCCCUUCCAUUCUACCAAACCCUGCUGUCAGUUUUCGGAGCCCCCCUACUGUCACCUCCUUCUUGGCUCUCAAAUACGCGGCCUAAAAUUAAUAAGAGUUUUAUAACUGUGAAAAAGCUGGAGGGUAAUCUGUACAUUUGUAACCAAGCUUUUAAAGGUCUGGGUAAUAUUACAUCUAAUUCUGCUUUGUAUCAUGUGUAACGUGACUUGUAGCACAUGCAACAAAGUUGUAAGAGGACACAUCUGUACCUGCAGGGGUCACUGUUGCUAUUGCUGUCCAUAUAGAGGGUUAGCCUGUGAUCAGACACUCUGUGUAGUAUUAUUUAAAGAGGAACAACAUAAGAUAUUGUCAGAGUGUGUAUAUUUUCCUAAUCUUGUAGAAUCCAAUGUACAGUACUGGUCUGUUUCAAUCGCAUUUUAAUUAAAUACUUUGAUGAUU